UACGAAUGUGCAUGACGUAUCACGAAGGUCAGACAUAUUGUUCCUCUUUUGCUUUUGAUCGUCGGAAACUUCCGGGUGGAGGCGGUCUCUACUCUCGACGUAGCAGCCCGAUGUAGUGUAAGCUGCGUGCUAGCAUAGAGUAACAAUCAAGCACGACCAAGGGUAACCGCCGUAGGAACAUGCAGGGGCAGUUUGGUGACAAUCUUCCCCCACUAACAUCUGCUUGCCCUGCUGUCAGUCAUGGGGAAGGUGUGGGGGAAGUCCCGCAUGGCAGACGGCGCUCCCGUGCCGGGCAGUGUGUACGUGGAUGAAGACAAGAUCAAGGCCGCCUAUCUCACGUACCGGUACGGCAGGAUACACGGCAAGCUUCCCAUCAACCGGGGAAAGGUGCUGUUUCUUGGAGAUGCUCGGCAGGGUAAGACGAGUCUGAAGAAGCGUCUGACGGGAGAACCUUUUGACCCCAACCAGGAGAAAACCGAGGGCAUUCAAGCCAAGAUGGUGGAAACAAAGGACAUAGACCAUCACUGGCACAGCCCAGCCCAGCGCCGUGAGUCCGAGUAUGAGAGGAGAGCGGCUUGGUACACUGCUAUGAUGACGGGGCAAAGUAAAGUCCAGCAAGAUUUUGGAACGGAGGGAAAAAUGUCUUAUGCCGUCGCGCUUGACGUUCUUUUCUUUUGCUUUCUUCCGUUGGUUGAGUUCAUCGCCGUCUUCUUGAUGCUCAAUCUAGGAUAUGCUUAUGCUCUCAUUUCUCUCAUAGUCUUCAUGGCUUGUGUAACUGAUCUGAUGACAGCAACCAGAACGGGAACAGGCAUGACAGUUGCGCUUAUUUUUAGAAGUUGCUUAGUUUCACCACUCGCCUUGAAAACCAUGUCGCAGGAGUGUCUGCGUGUUUUCGGACGGAUAGCAUGUUUUCCUUUCCUUGGCCUGUGCUUUGCACUUGUUUGCAUCCCUCUGGCGGCUUCCUUGGGUUUUGGUUUUCGACCAAUGAUGAGCAUCGUUCUUUGUCUAAUGUCUUCUCCUUCUCAAGUGUUCAGUGUUCGAGCUUUGUCCUGGACCUGGUUUAUGUCGGAACUAGGAACAGACCUUGACAUGAUUGUUUCAAACGCUCUGGUUACCGCGGGACUUUCCACUGGAGUUAUAACUUACCAGUACUGGGGCCUCCUUGCUCACCGACUUCCAACAUGCCUAUACACUGUGCGAAAGGUCUGGACAGGCCCCACUCGCUUCCCGGACCACCAGGCCGAAGCCAGUAUGGGUGGCAACAGCUUAAGGGAGCUGAACACGGUCCACGAGUGA